CAGGCCUUGUUUACAUGCGAGCUCGCUGGUGCCCGUGGUGACGUCAGGCGGAGUGCGCAGGCGCUGUUGUGUCCAGGCCGCAGCCCAAGGAACGCGACAAGACUGUGUCAGUCAACAAGGCUGGAGUGUGGUGGGGGCGGCGACGUUGCACGGACCCCCGUUAUUUCCUCCUCACAGGGAAGUGACACGUGACAGCGGUGACCCCCAGGAGCCAGUGCGGACAAACACCGGGACACUUGCCUAUUGGGCUCCUUGUACGGCCCGGACUCUGUACCUCAGCCCCUCACUGGCACAUGGGCCCAGACAUGUAGCGCCGCACUCACACAUUCUCUGGCCCUUCCAUUAGUCUGUGGGGAGUGCUCAGCUGUCCGUCUAUAGGGGAGUCUGUCAGUCUAUAGGGAACUCUCAGUCUAUACGGGAGUCUGUGGGUCUAUAGGGGAGUCUGUCAGUCUAUAGGGGAGUCUGUCAGUCUAUACGGGAGUCUGUCAGUCUAUAGGGGAGUCUAUCAGUCUAUACGGGAGUCUGUGGGUCUAUAGGGGAGUCUGUGGGUCUAUAGGGAACUCUCAGUCUAUAGGGGAGUCUGUGGGUCUAUAGGGAACUCUCAGUCUAUAGGGGAGUCUGUGGGUCUAUUGGGGAGUCUGUCCGUCUAUAGGGGAGUCUGUGGGUCUAUAGGGAAAUCUCAGUCUAUAGGGGAGUCUGUGGGUCUAUAGGGGAGUCUGUCAGUCUAUACGGGAGUCUGUCAGUCUAUACGGGAGUCUGUCAGUCUAUACGGGAGUCUGUCAGUCUAUAGGGGAGUCUAUCAGUCUAUACGGGAGUCUGUGGGUCUAUAGGGGAGUCUGUGGGUCUAUAGGGAACUCUCAGUCUAUAGGGGAGUCUGUGGGUCUAUAGGGAACUCUCAGUCUAUAGGGGAGUCUGUGGGUCUAUUGGGGAGUCUGUCCGUCUAUAGGGGAGUCUGUGGGUCUAUAGGGAAAUCUCAGUCUAUAGGGGAGUCUGUGGGUCUAUAGGGGAGUCUGUCAGUCUAUACGGGAGUCUGUCAGUCUAUAGGGAACUGUGGGUCUAUAGGGGAGUCUGUGGGUCUAUAGGGGAGUCUGUCAGUCUAUAGGGAACUGUGAGUCUAUAGGGGAGUCUGUGGGUCUAUAGGGAACUGUCAGUCUUUAGGGGAGUCUGUCGGUCUAUUGGGAAGUCUGUCAGUCUAUUGGAGAGUCUGUGGGUCUAUAGGGGAGUCUGUGGGUGUAUUGGAGAGUCUGUGGGUGUAUUGGAGAGUCUGUGGGUCUAUAGGGGAGUCUGUCAGUCUAUUGGGGAGUCUGUCGGUCUAUUGGGGAGUCUGUGGGUCUAUUGGGGAGUCUGUGGGUCUAUAGGGGAGUCUGUCAGUCUAUAGGGAGCGGUCAGGCCUCUGCUGCAAUCUGGGAACCCCAGGGAAACACAUUCUGCCCCUCCCCCACACCACCAGGAACAUUGGGGUGAAUGUUGGGGAGACACUACCCACUAAUAUUCUCCUGUCAAUGUCAACCCCAGUAGUGUUGCCUAGGUAACCCAGCAGCACUUUAUACUCCAGCCAGUCUAUUCUAUUAGUGAAACUGGGGGGAUACCCCAAAUAUCAUUGUGAGGUGACAAAGCUCCCCCCCCCGGCUGACUGCUCCUUGGGCUUGUGACACAGAGCUCAUACACUAUUACACAUACACUAGUACUGGGACUCGCGGGGAGCCAGGGGCCACAACCAAGGAGGACUCAGGGGCCACAACCGAGGAGGAGCCAGGGACCAAAUACUGGGGGGCCUUGGGCAAAAAGAAAUUGCUGCAGGAUGGGCAGAAGACAAGGGAAUACAAGGAGCUGACUUGGCUUGUGCCCUCAUGAUGAAUGGCAGCAUCCCCCCAGAGGGCUCCUGCUGUUCCCCCUCGCCCAACUGGAAGGAGUUCUGCGAGAUCCACGCUCAUGCUGCUGCUUUGGACUUUGCCCAACGCUUUCGGACAUUUCUCAGUGAGAACCCGCAGUAUGCCACGCCAGGAGCAGAAAGCAGCUUCUCCAGAAGGUUUGCGGAGCAUUUUGUGGAGCACUUUGAGACAGAAGUGAACAAGAGCCAAGUUUCUGAUGGCCCUUCUCCAACCCGCUGCAGUAUUGCCCCUUUUACUGGAGUCCAGUCCUCUAAUCGGGACUUGUCUGAGACCUGUAGUGACUCUUCCCUGGCUUCCCCAGUAGAGACACAGCCCAGGCAAGACUCCUCUGGUAUUACCUCUGGACUCUCAAGCAGCCAGUCCCACAGUUCAGAGGACGUGUCCACAUCUUCAACUAGCGCCAAGCCACGGCUGAAGAAAAGGUUCUCUUUACGCAAUGUCAGUCGAAGUGUACGGGGCAGUGUGAGGGGCAUUCUGCAAUGGAAAAGCUCAGCGGAGUCUCCUACUGAGGAGACCACUGGAGCCAACAGCAACUGCAAUUCUUCAGCCAGCAGGACCACCGGGGAAAGGUGGACUCAUAGAUUUGAGAAGUUACGGCUGAGCCGGCCACCCCCCCAUAGAACAGAGCUGAGAGAUGUGAGGCGGGAAGGGGUCCUGAACUUUGUGCUGGCCGAGGAAGUGAACAGUAGCCGGGCCAGGUGGCAGAAGUGCCGACUGCUUCUGCGCAAGUCUGGGGGAGAUCACACAGAAGGUUACCUCUUGGACUUUUACAUUCCUCCUAAGGCCACAAAGCCACGGGUCAGCAUUCUCUGCUCGUCCAUUGUGGAUGUCCGGACCACAACGCUCUUGGAGAUGCCAGACAAAGAGAACACGUUUGUGCUGAAGACGGAGAGUUCCUGUGAGUACAUUCUAGAGUCCGUGGAUGCUCUGCAGAUGAAGUCGUGGCUGUCUGACAUAGAGGACUGCAUGGUGUCUAGGACCGGUCCUGAAACCUUUGACCUUCCUCACAUUAACCAUUCAGAAAGCAGUCGGGAUCUACCUCUUAUACCCAGUGAGAGCAGUGAACUUCUCUGCCAAGGAGCUUAUGGGGGCCUCUCUGACCGCCCCUUGGCUUCCAUCUCCCCCACUUCAGUUUCCAUGACACCCUCACACUUUGACUCCAUGGAACGUCUUCCCCCAGAAUUGCCACCCAGGGCACCUAUUGACGACAAUGAGAGGCUGCCGAAUCCCAUGGGCCCCCCCUUCCCUGACACCCCUGAUAAUGCAGCGCCAUUCCUCUUCCAGGGGGACCCAGAAGCUGGGGAUGGGGAGCACCCCCUCUCUGAGUAUCAGUGGUUUCAUGGCACCCUAUCAAGACUGAAGGCUGCACAGCUGGUGUUGGCCGGGGGCACUAGCAGCCAUGGGGUGUUCCUUGUGCGACAAAGUGAAACACGGCGGGGGGAGUAUGUGCUGACUUUUAACUUCCAAGGGAAAGCCAAGCACCUGCGUCUGUCACUCAAUGAGGAUGGCCAGUGCCGAGUCCAACACCUCUGGUUUCAGACCAUCUUCGACAUGCUGGAGCAUUUCCGUGUUCACCCCAUCCCUCUAGAAUCUGGGGGCUCAAGUGACGUCACGCUCAUCAGUUAUGUGGUGUCUUCUCAGCGGCUGCACGGCCGAGACAGGGCUGAUAGUAGAACAACCGUGUGUGAGGUUCCCCACCGCAUCCCAGACUCACCAUCAAAUCCCAUCUCCAUUGGAGCGAAUGACUGUAUGUAAGUGUCGUCUCCUCUUUCC